UCUCCUGAUAAAAAAAUCUGAAGCCAAAACGAUAUGUCUCCUUCUUCGAAGAAGUUUAAGAAACAAUCUUCCUCUAAAGCAGUUAAGCCACCGCUAGAAGAUAACGAUCCGUCCUUGCCGUCGUUUUCUUCACUGCCCGACGAAAUCGUAUUGGACUGCUUGCAACGUGUCCCUAGAAGCUAUUACCUAAACCUCUGUCGAGUUUCCAAAACCCUAAGGUCCCUUGUUCGGUCGCCUGAGCUCUCCCGUUUGCGAUCUCUCCUUCCAAAGAAAUCUGUCUAUGUCUUCAGUGAAAACAAUGCUCCACAUACGAUCUACCGUUGGUUCACUCUUAAGAAGACGACGAUGAAGACGGCUAUGAAAACGUUUGGGUAUAAAUUGGUCAAGAUUCCGGUUCCGUUUCCUUCUCAUCAUCAUAUGUAUAACUCUUCCGCUGUCGCGGUUGGGUCAGAAAUUUACUUCGUAGGUGGAUCUUUCAAACCUUUGUCGGAUCUAUGGAUUCUAGAUACACGAACUGGAAUGUUUACCCAAGGACCAAGCAUGAGAGUUGCACGCACGGAUGAAGCCUCCGUUGGAGUAAUCAACGGAAAGAUAUACGUGAUAGGAGGGUGUGAAGACAAGAGACAAGCAGAAGUUUUCGAUCCGAAGUAGCGGAACUGGAAAACUGCGAAAAAUCCAGAGGAGAAAUCGCAGCGCGGAUUGAUGACGCGGUUAAGUGCGGUGUCACUGGAUUGGAAGGUUUACACCGUGGAAGUUGGGAGAAUCGGUGUGUAUGAUCCGAGAGAAGGUAAAAGAAAGGAGACAUUGAAAAUCCCAAGUGAUACCGUUUGGUGUAUGUGUGUUGUUAAUGAUGUGCUCUAUGCUUGUUAUUUUCAGCAGGGGUUGAUGGGGUUUGACGUAAACCGCAAGGUAUGGGUUAAAGUGGUUGGUUUAAAGACACUUAAUGUCAAGUUUGAUGUCACUGUGAUGGCGGAAUACGAUGGAAAGCUAGCGAUUUUGUGGUGUGAGAUUGAUGACACGAAGACGAAGAAGGAGAUUUGGUGUUCAGUGAUCGCGUUGGAUUGGAUUGGAGAAGGGAUUCGUGGGACGAUUGAGUGGUCUGGCAUUGUGGCCACAAAGCCAGAUUACUAUGAGUUUCAUAAUUGUUUAGUUGUUUCUGAUUGAGAGGGUUUUGUUGCAACGUAAAAAACUGGUUUAACUCUUAGAAUUUGACUUUAUAAUGCCUUAUAAACAAGGCAGUUUUUAACAAUUAGGAUGUGUUAACAACAAAGAUUGUUGUUAUUGAUGUAUAGUAAUAUUGUGGUUUGAAUUAAGUUUC